AUGGCUUCUGCCGCGGAACGCCAGCGCCGCACGAUUCAGACGGCCGCGUGCCUCAUCAUUGGCGAUGAGGUGCUUGGUGGAAAGACUGUAGAUACAAACUCGGCGUAUCUAGCCAAAUGGUGCUUUCAACUCGGACUUCGACUGAAAAAGAUUGAAGUGGUCGAGGACGACGAGGCUGACAUCAUCGAUGCUGUCCGCCGUCUCAGCACCAACUAUGACUUUGUUGUCACCAGUGGCGGUAUCGGGCCUACCCACGAUGACAUCACCUAUCAGUCCAUUGCCAAGGCCUUUGAUCUGCCCCUCAAGCUUCACGACGAAGCGUUUGACAAGAUGAAGCGACUUUCCAAGCCACACCCUUCGCAGCCCAAUUUCAACUGGGAGCAAGACUCGCCGGAUCUGCGCGCCAAGCUGCGCAUGGUGUACCUCCCUACGGACGAGUCCCGGCCCUUGAAGGAACAGUUUCUCUUCACUAGCGAGGAGCUGUGGGUGCCAGUCUCUGUGGUCAACGGCAAUGUCCACAUUCUGCCGGGGAUUCCCCGCCUGUUUACGGCAUUGCUAGACGGCAUCAAGCCUCACAUCAUCUCCCGACUCGUCGAUCCCGAAGGCAAGGGGAGCUACAGAGUCAUUAUCCAGACGCCCUAUGCCGAAAGCAAGGUCGCCGGCUACCUGACCGACCUCGCAGCCCGCGUUGAGCCCAAGGGCAUCAAGGUCGGCAGCUAUCCUCACUGGGACAGAAAGUACAAUACCGUGACCCUGGUCGGAAAGGACGAGGCAUUUCUGGAAAGUCUGGUGGACGAGGUGGUCAAAAACGUCGAAGGAAAGCGGGUGUUUAAGCCCGAGGACAUUGAAGGCGGACCGCUCCGGGAGAGCAAGGCAUAG